AUGACAUGCAAGCCGAACGCGGCCGCGCCCACCCCGAAACCACAGCGCGCCCGGCAGCCGCACCUCGAGCCCCGCCGCGUCAGCCCCUCGGAGCUCGCCCGAGAUGUCGCUCGCCGCCGAUACACCUACGCUGCCUUCUUCCUCGGCCUCAUCCUCGUCUCCUUUGUUGUCCAGACCGAGUUGUCGGCCUACAUACAAGGCGAGCUGGGAUGGGACAAGGCGUACUGCAUGCUGUACCUGACCCAUGGCAGCUGGUCCUUCCUGUGGCCCGUUCAGCUCAUGAUUCUGCGCUUCCAGAAGCGCGACCUGCCCUGGGACGUCUUUUGGAGACGCCACGUCCAGCUCCUCCGGAGCACCGCUGCCAUGGUCCAGCUCCAGCGCCGCGACGUCGACAGGGCCAGUGUCAUGCAGCGUGCCAGCCCCGUCCGCUAUCUUGUUCGUGCCACUGCCGGCAUCACCACCGCCCUCACGAUCGCGGGCCUCAGCUGGUACAUCGCCGUCAGCAUGACGAGCCCCUCGGACCUGACCGCCAUCUACAACUGCUCUGCCUUCUUUGCCUAUGCCUUCUCCGUGCCCCUCCUCAAGGAGCCCCUGCGCCAAGACAAGUCCAUCGCCGUCGCCAUCGCCAUCGUCGGCGUCCUCGUCGUAGCCUAUGGCGACGCCCCCGCCGCCUCCGACUCCGACCCGGACGGCGGUGAUUCCAGCCCUACCAGCUCUCGCCGCUUCUUUGCGGUUUGCCUGCCCUCCCGACGGCGUCUCCCCGGCCGCGGUACCAUUUUCGCCAACGCCUUUGGCUCCCUCAUCGGCGUCUUUACCCUCCUCGUCUUGUGGAUCCCUCUCCCCAUCCUCCACAUCACCGGCCUUGAGACCUUUGUCCUCCCCACCGGCCGUACCGCCUUCCUCCUGCUCCUCUCCGUCACCGCCAACGCCACCUUUGCUGGCUCCUUCCUCGUCCUCAUCAGCCUCACCUCCCCCGUCCUCAGCAGCGUCGCGUCCCUUCUCACUAUUUUCGUCGUCGCCAUCGUCGACUGGCUCUUCACCGGCAAGCCACUCGGCUUUGCCUCCAUCCUCGGCGGAGCUCUCAUCACGGUCGCUUUCCUCAUGCUCUCCUGGAGCACCUGGCGGGAGAUGUCGGAGCACGCAGAGCGAAAGGCCUCCGAGUACGAGCGCGGACAAGAGUCCAACUCGGACGAGGAGGAAGAGGAACCCUGA